UUUAUCAUUAUACAAUUGUAGACUGACCGAAACAAUCGAUAUCAGAAAGACUAAAUAAUGAAUAAAUUGAUCUGGUUGUUCGCCAUGAUGGUGCUAGUUCUAGGAGAUAACACAUUCAAGCUAAACAUCGAACAAUUGGCGAAUAUAUCGCGAUUUUAUCGCUUUGCCCAAAUUUGUGAACAUGAAUGCGAUAUCAAAACUCGUUAUGAGUAUGAUGGCAGGAUAAUUAUUUCAUUCAAAACCAAUAUUAAACCCAAAGAAUGUGACGAUGUACUAUGCAAAUGCAUGUGGAAGUAUCUAAAUCAGCGAUGCUGGCUCACCGAUGUUGAACGCAAAUGUAUUGUGAAAGGUGGCCAACUGACGAUAUACCUAAUCGGACCUCCAAAUCCAAAUUAUGAUCCGCUAGAACCGCUACCGACAGUUACUGCACCGAUCGCAACCCUGGGUGAUGUUCUCAAAUACUAUCCAGAAUUGGAAAUAUCUAAUCACAAAUGCAACCCGACCACUAAUACUACUGCUAGUGGACUAACUUGCAUGUCAAUUGAAUGUAAAUUAAGAGCCGAAUCACCCUGUUUUGAAACAGUAUGUGAAAAUAUUUUGGAAACCAUGAAUCAAUGUAAGUGGCUGGGAGAUUUUGAAAACACGUGUUCAACUAGAGCUGGGAAAGUUAUUUUCGAAAUGACUGGCAAGUGAGGGGUUAUUUUAUGAGUUCGGACAUCUAUAAUAACGAAAAUUGGCAAUGAAAUGUACUCAAAAUGGUUAUGUUAAAAGUAAAAAUAUUUUC